AUGUCAACGGUUACAGCUUCGGUGGUUGAUGUUUCCAGAACUAUUUAUUCAACCAAAAACGGCAACCGUGGCCGUAAUUAUACAGGCCAGUGCACGCCCAUGCCCCAGCCCGCCCUGGGCACCCAGAAGAUCAUUCAGGGGAAUGGCACCAAUGUGGGCACGGUGAUCACCCUGCAGUGCCCAUCCAGACACCGUCUGGUAGGGGGCAAUGAGGUGUCCUGUGUUUGGGGCAGCAACAGCACCCAGUGGUCAGGAGGCUCUCCAUGGUGUAAACCGGUGUCCCCGUCGGAAGACUUUGGGUUCCGUGUGGCAGUGGUGGCAUCCAUCAUCAGCUGUGCCAUCAUCCUCCUCAUGUCCAUUGCCUUCAUCACCUGCUGUCUGCUCGACUGUGUCACGGAGGAGGAGAAGAAGAAGGAGGAGAGGGAGACGCGUCUGUGGCACCAGCUGGAGCAAGUGGAACUGGAAGAGAACAGGGCCUCUCGCUAUGGCAACAAUGGCAGGAACAACAAUAACAACACCCAGGAGAAGGCACUUCCACCAUGGGUCAACAAUGACCCUUCAAUGUGUACCAAUAAGAGACCCAGCUGGUAUCAUCAGUACCCCUAUGCUCUGACUGGUCCAGUCCAGGCCUCCACCACUGGCCCAGCCCUCAACUCAGCUCCUCUUCCCUGCAGAGGCUACAACCAGCCCAUCCUCCCACACAACUCAGGCCUCUACCACAACCCAGGUCUGCCACACAAUCCAGGUCUACUUCAAAACCCUAUCCCAACCCAGUAUCCAGGUCCACCUCGGACCACGGGCCUGGUUCAGAACCAAGUGGUACCCCCAGGCUCAGGCCUGGUCAGGCAGUAUGGAGGACAGGAGGGCAGUGUAUCUCCACUUCUGGAGAAGCCCUACAGGAUGUGUCGACACCCCCUCUAUGUCAAGGAGCGCCCCGUACGGGUCAUAUCCGUGUGA